AUGCCUCUCAUCGACGCCGAUACUCCCCCUACCACUAACGACCUUCACUACGUCGUCUAUUUCGCCUCUGGCGAGCCAUCCUGGUGCCCGGACUGCCGUGAUGCUCUCCCUGCUCUGAACAGCGUCUUUGGAGCUGAUUCGGCACCGACUGCCUACAUCGUCCGCGUAGGCUCCUUCGCCGAGUGGAAGGGCAACCCCAAGAAUAAGUACCGCAAUGAGCCGUACAACAUUCAAGGAGUUCCUACGGUUGUUCGGUAUCAAUAUGGCAACGAAGUCGCUCGAUUGGGCGACAUUGAGAGCCAGAACGAAUCCGAUCUGCGAAAGUUGAUUGCCUAG